GCCUAGUCGCUGUCGCUCCCCCCGCAGUAGCCGGAAUUGGACUUCGGCUUUCCAGCCCGCGGCUCCUUCACCGCCUCGCUUCCCACCCGUGCCCCCGGCUUCCCGGGAUCCGAAUUUGUAGGCCUCUUAAAGGGUCCCAGUUGCUCUUCGCCCGGUGCUCCAGAGCGGAAGUGGGGGUCCUGGACUUUGGUCCCAGACGUUGAGGAUCGGAAUGGCUUCCGUGCUCAUCCGAGAGGCCAAGGAGGGAGACUGUGGAAAUAUCCUGAGGAUGAUUCGGGAACUCGCCGAGUACGAGAAACUGUCCGACCAGGUGAAGAUCAGUGAAGAAGCCCUGAGAGCAGACGGCUUCGGAGAGAAUCCUUUCUUUCACUGUUUGGUAGCAGAGAUUCUUCCUGCCCCUGGGGAGCCACAGGGGUCUUGCAUGGUGGGCUAUGGGCUGUACUACUUCAUCUAUAGCACAUGGACCGGACGGAAUAUUUAUCUGGAAGACAUCUACGUGAAGCCAGAAUAUCGGGGUCAGGGGAUUGGUUCCAAAAUAAUCAAAAAAGUGGCUGAGGUGGCCCUGGAUAAGGGCUGCUCCCAGUUCCGCCUGGCAGUCCUGGACUGGAACAAGAAGGCCGUGGACUUGUACAAGACCCUAGGAGCCCGAGAUCUGACGGAAGCGGAAGGCUGGCAUUCCUUUCGCUUCGAGGGAGAGGCAAUGAGGGAGUUGGCAGGAAAGUGACAUUAUCCCUUGGGGAUCACUCUUUUGGCUUCUCCAGCCCCACCAGCUCAAGCACUCCUCAGAGACUGUCUCUACGGACCAAGGCCUCCCUGAAGGAAGGAGGAUUGGUGGUGAAUAGUCCCAAAGGGAAGGAGCAAAGUGAGGAAGAGGCCUUGCCACCCCCUUGUUCAGGGUGAAAAAUAAAUGAGAAUUUC